AUGAGUAAAGCCGAUAUACCCAUCCACUUGGAUUUAUCUAAUUCUUUGCAACAGAACGGCGGUGUACGUCUAGAUCUGUACCAAAUUCCCCUGCUUCUGCUGUCUCGGCUGUCACUGCUGUCUAAAAUUCCCGAUUCCAAACCCGACCCCGAAAGGGCUAACAGGAGACGAUCUAACUCCCAAAGUCAGGUUAUAGCUACUCCACAACUUUCGGAAGAGCCUGGGCCUUUUCCGACAAAACGAAAACAGGUUCAAUACUUUGUCACCUUGACAUCUUUAAACGAUACGUUUGUUACCAGACACAUAUCGGUGCCAUACUUCCCGGAGACUCGCAAACUAGGCCGUCCCACGGGUGCCAAGAUGAAACCAGGCGUCACCAACGGGUUUUUCGAUUCCCGUGUGUUGAGUAGAAACCAUGCGGUUAUGUUUGUGGAUCCUAAUACCGGCAAACUUAUGUUGAGAGACUUGGGGUCUUCCAACGGAACUUAUAUCAACAACGUCAAGCUAGACACAGAGGCUGUCGAGGUAAACAUGGGAGAUAACAUAUGUUUUGGGUUCAAUAUCCAGGUGGGUAUCAACCACAAGCAAAUCAGUUGUAAAGUGGAGAAUAUCAGCAUCAUGAACGAUGUGGCCACAGGUGACAAUGAGCUAUUGAGUGUAAACUUUCCCAUCGACUCGGCCGAAUACAAGCAUUAUCAGUACAUCCAGGAGUUGUACAAUAAGAUAUCGAUUGAAAAUAGAAAGAAAGAAUUGAAGGAAGUGACGAAAAAAACCCCCGUGUCCUUUGAGUCAGCCCUCUUCAGCGAUAUAAACCCCGAGAUCGAAGACAGCUUGUUGGGUUUAUACACCAAGGCUAACAACGGAAUCUUUAAGAACAGUGGCACAUCCACCAGCUCCAAGUUGGAAAAUUCAAUCAGCUUAUUGAUGAACUGCUUUACAAAGCUCAAGCAACAGAACAACUCGCUCGGGUCCAUAGAGACCUUUCUAGAGACGUAUGAGAAAAGGGUGAAUGAGCUCAAUGAAGCCCACUUGGCAGAGCAAAUGAAGAUCAAAUAUACUGAGUUGAAUGAUAAAAUUGCUAACGAACUGACUGCUAAAGAGAAGCUCCUAAGCGAUUUCAAGUACCUCCGUGACGAUAACCACAAGAAAAUCAAGAAGCUAGAGGAGAAGGUAUUUGCCUUGAAGGACGACAAGCUGCAAUUGAACAAGAAAAUCACCCAACUCACUCUGGAACUCAAAAGGGCCGAAGCCCAGUCCAAUUCCCCCAGUAUUCGCGCGGUGAACGUGAACGAAAUAGUUGCUUCCCAAACUAAUUGGGACGAUCUGAGCAAACUAUCAUUAUCCGAGCUAGACGACCACAGCUUCAAUCCCCAAUCCCAACGUCAACAACCUUUCUCACUUCCUAAAGACAUCCCAUCCCCUGUUUCCGAAAACGGCCUUAUCAUGAAUUCGUCAGAAAAUAUCGAAACCGCUGCCCAACAAAAUAAUGGCGCCCAUACACCUCCUCCAGAGAAAGACCAAAAUUCACCUUCAGGCUCGCACUUAUCGCCUGUCAAAGUCAACCAGAAGAUGCUGGAUGAGGACACCGAUCUCAGAUAUAACCAGAAUGCCAUAUUCCUUGCAUUUGCCGGAUUGAUCUUUGCCUUUAUAAUUCACCACAACAUGGCAUAGACUUGCGAAUAAACAUACUUAGCAUCACCAGCCACUCCACCAAUUCAUGAUGCAAUUGUGAAUCGUACCAUUCUGGGGUAAACCAAUAAAUGCCAGGCAAUUCGCG